AAUGUAUACAAUUUUUUUUUUUUAUUGAUUGUAAUUGUAAAAGUGAUUCGGUAAAUGAUAUUAUAAAAAUUAGUUAUUCAAUAGUUUCUGGUGUAUCCUGAAGUUUAUUUCGUUAAAUUUAAAAUAUUUCUAUUGAAAUUCUCUUCACAACUUUAGGGUGUUGAAUGGAGCUGCUGGUUUGUAGUGGUCACCACACAUGACAUACUCUGUAAAACCCCAUUUCCUUCACUCACCACUGUUAUUUCAGUUCUAGUUGGUAAUUUUAAGUGCUUGUUUAUUUUUGUGAAUUUAAACUGAAGGUGUUUUGUGGAUUUACACAUUAUGUUUUAUCAUUAAAUUUCCAUAAACGAAAGAGCAAUGAUAUUCAUCUUAAAUAAAAUGAAUUAAAAUGCAAUAAAUAUAAUUCACUCUAAGCACUGAAAAUAACAUACACAAUUAAAAGAUUUUUUUCAACAAUACAACACAACACAUUUAUUCCGAAAAACUCAACUGCAACUGUUACUUUGACAGUUAAUUUAGAUCACACUAAUUCAUUUUAAAAUGCUGUUUGUAUACAUAUGAUAUUCAUUAACAUAAAUUAUUUUUUACAUAAUUAUUGCUUACUUCCACAUAUUUUGAUCUUGAAUAUUUGGCACUUCAGAUUUAUCUAACUAAUAAUAACUAAUUAAGGAUUAUGCACAGCUUCUGCUUCAUUAUCUUAAACUCUUUAAGCUGAACAGUGGGAAUCGAUAUAUAGAAAACUUACCACCACUCCAACUCUCAUGCACUUAAUUUCAUAAAAUUCUAAAUUCACAUUCACAAUCAUAAAAUUCAGCUCAUUGCAUUUAUUUCACAUACACAUCACAGAAUUUUACAUACAUCUUCAUUCAUCAACAAUUUUAAACUCAUUGUUUUGAAAAAAAAAAUUUUUUUUAAGUAUAAAAUAAUUUAUUGAUAUUAUGAUAAUUAGAUUGGACCCUGUCUUACACAUAAUCGAAAAGCUGUCAAUAAAGCAUCAUCAUUAAACUAAACGUUUUAUAAAAUGAUUUUUCUCUGAAAAUAUUUUGGCACUACAUUAUUUCUUGUUUUCUUUACCUGUAUGACCUUACACACAUUUAAAAUGUGAAAACAAUGUUUAAGACAUUUGAUGAUUUUGAUACAAUAUGAAUCUGAAUUAUUCACAAUAUACAUCUAUUUUCUGGAAUAUUUAAAGAAAAUAUAUCAUACCAAGUUGACAAUAAUUUAACAAUACUCCAUAAGAACUAUAUAAGUUGAAGAUGAAGUUGUAUUUAGUGGAUUCGUUCGUAUGAAUAUUCAAAUAAUGACCUUUUAAUACCAACACACAGGUUUAAUUGAAACGUAGAAACAUCACCACAACAGAGUUCACCUUGCGCUUUGGCUAUGUAAUACCCGGCCGUCAAUAGAGCAGAGAGUUUUAUAUGCGGGGGCGUGUUGUUUACAUUUGUCACAGGCCAUUAUUUCAGCAGCUGAUCGCGGUUCUUCGGAAACGUUCGUGUGCAUUCGGCAGAUGCCUUCGCCGGAGGCGUGUCAGAUUGUAUUGAGAAGGGGGAGGAAAUGCAGAAGUUGUGUGAGGAAAGGGAGGGACGGAUUGCGGCGCUCUGCGUCUUGCAGGUGGUCCGUUAAGUAUGUGUAGUGUCAGUGGGUUUUAAUGAUUGCGAUUGUUGUGACGUUCGAAUCCACAAUGAAAUUUGCAACUUUGAAUCCACUUCUCUCAGAGUAUAAUGGUCUGAUCACAGCUACCAGAAACGACAAACAAUCAGAGUGGCAUGCAGCAAUCGUGUGUCUCCAGUCCGACCAGCACGUGGUGUCACGCACGAAGAGCUGGUGUCGCAGGGAGGUGCAAAUGCGGACGUUCGUAAAUAUAUUCUGAUGCCAUCGCUGAUUUGUGUUAUAAAUCUCCCUGAGACAUUGCCUGCCAGGGGUGACACAUCACGUGAGAGCUCUUUUCGCCCAGUUGAAUGAUUUUCUCCCGAGAUGAUCUCUGUGGGGGACUGCAGCUGUUCGGCUUGCGCGAGGAGGCGAAGACCUAAGACAUAAAUACAUAUCUCAAAACAACGCUGCAGGUUUCUGGACAGUGUUACACAAUGCCAGGAAUCGAACGUUCAAUAUGAAAAAUGGGCAAUUAUCAUAAUCAUGCUUUCGAUGUAACUAGAAAGGAAGGCUAGUAUUGCGAGAAUAUUGCGACAGCAGUUGCACCAAACAGUAUCGACGCUGUUCGCAAGGCAAAGCAGAGGCACCGCGUUCCCUGCGCCGUAAAGAUGCGCCGUAGACCAGUUAGUUCAUAAAAUGAAGUCGGAAUCAAAAACUUUGUUGACAGCUCAAACAGAAAAGCCAAAUCAUUACUCGUAUUUAAAGGAAUUUCGUGUGGAGCAGUGUCCAUUGUUUCUUCAGCAUAAAUGUACUCAACACAGACCUUUCACUUGUUUCCACUGGCAUUUUAUGAAUCAGCGUCGUCGUAGGCCUGUGAGAAAAAGAGAUGGAUCAUUUAAUUAUAGUGCAGACAACUACUGCACAAAAUUUGAUGAAACUACGGGGUUAUGUCCUGAAGGAGACGAGUGCCCAUAUUUACAUCGCACUGCUGGUGACACAGAACGUCGCUAUCACUUGAGAUACUAUAAAACAUGUAUGUGUGUUCAUGAUACAGAUACAAGGGGUUUCUGUGUUAAAAAUGGACCUCAUUGUGCUUUUGCACAUGGAAAUCAUGAUUUGAGGCCACCUGUUUAUGAUAUAAAAGAACUGCAGGCAUUAGAAAAUCCAGAUUCUGAUCCAAAUUCUGUAAGCAAUGGGCCCAAUGUGUUGGACAAGGAGAGAAAUCUAAUGAAUGAAGAUCCUAAAUGGCAAGAUACUGGUUAUGUAUUAGCAAAUUAUAAGACUGAACUCUGCAAGCGACCCCCACGACUAUGUAGACAAGGCUAUGCUUGCCCUCAGUAUCAUAAUAGUAGAGAUAAAAGAAGAAGUCCAAGAAAAUUCAAAUAUAGGUCUACACCAUGCCCGAAUGUGAAACAUGGAGAUGAAUGGGGUGAACCCAACAAUUGUGACAGUGGUGACCAGUGUGCAUAUUGUCAUACUAGGACAGAACAGCAGUUUCACCCAGAAAUCUAUAAAUCAACAAAAUGUAAUGAUAUUCAAACAACUGGUUACUGUCCUCGUGGAGUCUUUUGUGCUUUUGCCCAUGUUGAACAGGAAAUGAAUCUUGCCAGAGACCUUGCAGCUCGUGUAGACUCUGGAAUGAAUCUGGCUGAUAUACUUUCAAAUGCAUUACCAUCUGAGAAGAAGGAAAACAACUGUCAAGAUUCUAAAAGAGAAGAGAAGAGUAGUGACUCCUCUAAUGGUAGUGGAGAAGUUUCUGAAUCAGCUUCAACUAGCAGCACUGGCUCAAAUAGUUCUCAUAGUAAAGCUCCUGGUUCUCAGCUAACUCAUCAUAAAAAUAACAGUCUUCAUAGUAGUGCGUUUGGAAGUCUUAGUAGCAAUCACCAAGAUGUUAUGCAUGCUAGUAUUAUUAGGAAACAAAUAAUGGAAAUUGAUACUGAUCCCAUUCUGAACCCUCUGGAAAAAGCUCAAAAGAAACAAAGCAUAUAUCUAGCUCAUAGUAUUAACAACUCUACACCGCUUGCAUCAGCAGUAUCUCCUCUUGCUAUGCCGUUUUAUCCCACUAGUGAUACUGUUGAAUCUGUUGUAGGAAAUGCAUUAGAUGACUUAACACUAGAUGAACCACUUAAUUUAGCUGCAUCAUUAGACAAAGAUUUAGAAGCUGAUUCUCCUGUUAGCAAUUCUAUUUCUGCAGGAUUAGCAAGUUCAGGAAUGCUAGGAAGUUCAGCUCCUGUAAACAUACCUGGUAGUGCAUUAAGUGAAAGAACUGGUUUAGGGAACUUUUCUCCAUCAACAUCUUCGCCUUUACAACAAUUACAGUCUAGCUUUUUAUCAACACGUUUUUCUCAUCAAGAUUCAUUGGAUUCUAGCUCUGCCUUUUUAAAUCCACCACACAUGCAGCUGAGUAGCAGUGCAUCAAAAAUUGGUAGUUUUUCAUCAACAGCAAGCUUAUUUGAAUUUAAUUCUCAUCAAAAUAUGUCUCCCAGUAAUCGUGGAAAUCAUAAUUCUUCUCUAAUAAACAAUUUUUCUAUAAGUUCAUCAAUAGGCACAAAUUUAACUAGUGAGUUACAGAUGCAAAGAUUAUGUGAAGAACUUGUUAGCAGUAGAUCAAAAUUAGCUUCCUGGGAUGAGAGGAUAGCUCAAGCUCGUUCAGCUUGUGAAGCCUGGCAACGAGAAUCAGAGGAGUCAAAUCGGAAAGCAAAUAUAGCAGAACAGCAACGUGAUGAGGCAAUAUCUCAAGCAAAAGCUCUUCAGAAAGAAGUAGAUCUCUUACAAGGUAGUCCUUAUUUACAUGGUUUACGAAGAGUCUCUGAAUUGAAAACUCUUUCUCUUGCAACAUUAAAAUCAUUAGAAUCUCAACUGAAGAAUGAUCUGGAGGAAAUUCAAAAGAUAAUUUAUUUGCAGACUGCCACAAAAUGUAUGGUGUGCGAGGAAGGGGUUCGCAGUGUCACAUUGAAUCCUUGCAAUCAUUUUGUUCUGUGUAGUAAAUGUGUUACCACACAGAAGGAAUGCCCUUACUGCCAAACACCUAUAACAUAAAUUACUAUUCCAGUGAUUAGAAUGUGUAAGCUUUAUAACAUACAUACAUAAUCAUUUACAUACAUUUGAUCUAAAAAGACAAUUUUAAAAUUGUAUUAAGUAGUAGCAUGUGUGAGAUUAAAGUUUCUUGAGAAAGCACCUCUGUUAUUGCUGAUCUUGGAUAGCUGCAGCCAAAGCUUAAUGUGUGGAAUAAAAUUUCAUUAGCUUACUUGUAUUGAAUUGUGGGAAGUAGAUAAAUCGAAAAAGAUUUAAAAAUUAUUUUAAGCGCUGUAUUCAGAAUUAACAAUCAGAUAUGACUGGUAUUUGUCGAAUGUGACACUUUAGUAAACAUGUUUACCAGAGUGGAACCAUGAAGUUUCAUGAUCUUGCAUCAAAUGUAAAGAAAUAGAAGACAUCAGCAUGACCUAGUCAAUUUAUUGGUGCAUAAAGAUUGCUUUCUGUGCCUAAUUUCUGUGUGCACCUAAAUAUUGAGCAAAUUUAUAACUAUCAUGUGGUUUCUUUACAUACUGCAAUAAAACUUUUAACUGUAGAAAAAUAGUUUGAACUUAUGGAGAGUAAUAUGAUCUUAUAGUUUUCACUUCAUUACAGAUAGUCCCUUUUAAAAGAGUAUUGUCUAAAAUAUUUGUACUUUGUUAAUUUCAUUUAUUCAUACAUUAUGUACUUUUGCUAAAUACGAGUUUGAAAAAUAUCUUUGAGAUUAAAAAUUAAGUGCAAUUUUUUAUAGUGAAAUAUUGUAAGUUAUUUUUCUUUUAUAUAAAAUUUGCAAGUAUAAAUUAUAUGAUUUUUGUAGGUUAUUGUAUUUGGAUUAAAUAAGUAAAAGUCUUAUUGAGAAUCAGAUUACAUUCCUACCUUGCUCCAGCUUUGUUUCUUCAUUACUGUAAUUUUCAAAUGUUUCUCUUAAUCUUCAGGUCUUCAGUAUCUUGACACUUGUUGCCUUGGUAGUAUUAGCAUUAAACUACAUUAUAUUUUUUAUGCGGGCACUUGUGUAAACUUUUUGGUUCCGUUCUGAUAGUGUUCUUAAUAAUAAGGUGUUUUAAUUGGUACAAAAAUAAAAGUUCAAAAGAAUCUUAAUUGAUUUUCCCUUGAGAUAAAUUCAGUACAACUGUUUCCAGCUAAUUGUGAAAUUGGAUAUUAAAUAAUUGCUACCAGGGCUUUGUUUAGAGGGUAAUUUUUAAGAAAUUGUGUUCAACAACAUUCAAAUUGGUUUUUAAUGUCAUGGCCUACUGCUUUUCAAGAAAAGUUUUAAUUCAACCUCGUGUACAAUUGUAUUCCAUGGGUAAGAUUGUUGAUUGUUGCUAUAUAUUAUAGCAUGUCAUUGAAAGUGAUCUUCAAAUUGAAUAUGUUUUCCUUAAUGAUCAUUUUUAUGGUACUUCAGAAAAGUUUUCAAUUUAAAAAUUGUUAAAGAAUUUAAUAAUGCUGUGUGCAAAGAUAUACCAGUGACAAAAUGUUUACUGAUUUCUACAUUAAAUAUAGGCAGUGUUUAGUAACAAUGUGACUAAAAGUUGAAAGAGAAAUAUAGAAAAUUUGAAAAUUUCUGUUUCAAUUUUAUUAAUUUUACAUACGUAUUCAUCAGAACUUUGCUGCAGAUGCAGUUUUGCUGUGUGAUUGUAGUUUCAAACAGUUCUGAAUUUCAGAUAUUAUACUGCUUCUUGUACACUUGUAGAUUUUUAUGAUAAUGAUUGAUGUGCUCGUAUGAUAUUAAGAGAAAAAUUAGACACUGAAUUGUGUGGAAUGAAUGUGAGUAAUAAUGCAUAUCUCCUUUGGUAUUGGCUGUUACUCAGAUAAGAAAUGUCUGGGAAUGCUUAGAGAGUUGUAAGUGGCAAACAAAUCACUUGUUAAUUUGAGUUUGUUCUAAAAUUUGUUUUAAAUGAUUUAGUUUUAAUAAAGAGUAACUGAUAUUCAUUGUUUCAUCGUAUAAAUUGUUGAUAUUUCAUCUAAUAAAAGGCAUACGUUUAUAAAGAUUCCAAUUUUUGUGAGUCUCUUUUGAACUAUGUUCUUUGACUAUGUAGUUUCUAGGGGUUGAUGUAUUUGUAAAGCACAAGAUACAAUUCUGGUGAAUAGUGUGGCUCAUGGAUUCUCCACAGACAUGAAAGAAAAAGAAAAAAAUCAUUUUUCUGAAAUAUUUAAUUUUUGGGAGGUAAAUUUUGUUUGCAGCGUUACCAAGACAAUUUUGAUUAGUAUAAAUUUCUGAAUAUUCUGAACAUUUGGCAUCUGUCAGAUGUUUCUUGUUGACAAUUAAACAAACUAAUUUGAAUAUAUGAAAGUUACAUUCAAAAUUUGUUCUAGGUUUUUCAUAAAUCACACUAUGUGUAUUAAAAAGGGAAGUACUUUAUAUUCCUUACUGUUGAAAGUAAUGAAAUGCAAAAAUUAAUAUUAAUUUCAAAUAAUCUCCAAAUAUAACAGAAGUUUUAUUAACACUAGAAAUAAAGAUGAUGAAACAACAAAAUUUCCUGCUUAUCUAAAUAAGACUUGUAACAGUUCUGCAUGAUAUGUAAUAAAGAACUUAAUCUUUAAUUUAAUUUGUGGUAACAAAUUACUCAAAAGAGAAGGAAAAUUCUGUUUUUGCAAGCAAGAGUAAAUAUACCACCCCAAAGUGAAAUUUGAUUUUUAUUCAGUGGAUCUUGUUUUCAAAUUCAUUAGACCUGUUGAAGUGAACAGUCAUAAAUGAAUAUUUCUUUUUGUAGAGGAAUUUAUUUGUGAUGAGUGUUUGCCUUCUCUCAGCAUUCCUUGCAGAGUUUUAUUUAUUAUAAUUUAUCUCUACUGCAUUUAGAGUCUUAUAAUUUUAAUAUCAUUUGCAUUUGUUUGUGCUUUGGUUAUGCAGCUCCAAGUCUCAAAAUAUAUAUUUCAUUGUUUUUAUGAAUUUUAUUUAAAAUAUUACUGCAAUCUAUUAUUAUACCAAAUUGUUUUAAGAGUAUUUGAACAAAAAUGUUUUAUACUAACCAAAUUUCACAAAAAUGUUUUAUAAAAAUAUCUUGUUCAAUAUUCAUUUGUUUAAUUAUAUUGCAUAACUAUAAUAUUUAUAUUCAAUGUUAUGAGAAAAAUUUUAUGAGCAUAUCAUGUCAAAAAAUGGUUUUUGUUCAUUGCAGCAUUUUCCCCAUACAAUUAUGGAAGUCAGCCUUGUUCUUGUGUAUACAUUGAUUGCAAGAAUGUUUUCUUCCCAUUAGUGAGGUUGUUUCAGUAAAAAGUAUUUGGUUCUCAAAAUAUUGUGCCUGUGUGAUGCUAGUGAAGCAGUUGUGUGUUGCAAUUCCUAAUUUUCGGCUACCUUAGGAGAUGCAAUUAUUUUCCUUUGUGCAGAGAUUUUAUUUCAUUUUAUUUUAUUUUUAUUUUUUUUACAUUCCAGAAGGAGAAACAAAAGUACAAACAAAUCUCUUCCGGAUGAUCUUAUAUUGAAAGAAUGAAUAUCUGUCAUUUCUUAAGUAAGGGCAUCUGGCUUCUAAUGUCACAGUACAAAUUGAGACAUUUUUAUCUUGUAAAUUUUGGCAAGGAAUAAAUGGAUGUUGGAGAUGUUUUCAAACAUACAUUAUGAGUGAUGAAGUGACUUCUGUUCAAUGUCUGAAUGCUACAACAUAUGAUAGACUGCCUUUUCUUUUAUGUUAGCAGUGCAGGUGGUCUAAUGAUGUCCUUACAUAAUAUUAAAGUAAUGUCAAGGUAGUACUUGAAUUUUGUGUUAAUUCCAAUAAUCCUUCCAUUGUUAUUUUCCUUCUUCAAAUAUUUGUGUGGUAUGAAGUUUUAAAAAAUACUCUCUUUAAAAUUAUUAAUAUACAGUUGUGACUCCACAAUUUUCAAUUUUUCAAAUUUUGUAUGAGCUAAUUGUGAAUAAUACAACAUAAUUAAAAGUAAUAUUAUUGCGGAUUAAUGUAGUUUGCAUAUCUUUAAGCAAAACAUCUUAUACUACUAGAAAAUUUAAGUGAACCAAGAGAUGGAAUAUAAUAUAAUAUAUCUCGUAAUUAGCUGAUCCCAAAUUCGUAAUCGACGCGGCAUUAAAUUGUAUCAUUGUUGAUUUCAUAACUACGAACUUGUACAUUGUUACAGUGAAUGAUAAAACUUGAACAUUUAAUGCUGCUUAUUCUUCA